AUGUUCUCUAGGUACUUGCGCUCACUUUGUCGCUUCCGAAAGACGAGCGUGAGCAUUCUUUUGGUGGUUACUUACGCCGUUAUUGGUGCAUUAUACGUCUGGGACCGAAUAAAAUAUCAGUAUAACGGACCGCUCGAAAAGAGCGAGCAAUUGCUGCUGGACGAUGGAUGGCUUUCUCUUCAAGAGAUAUCUCAAAGUCCGCAUGAAUACAUUUCGAAGCAGAACGAUAUUGUGCACGACUACAUUUUGCACAAAGUUGAGUCACUGACAGAUAAGAUACCAUAUGCAGAAGUUUCGGACGACUACAGGAACAAGAACAGAAUUCUGUUCAGACAACCAGAUGUGUUCAAUUCGAGCUCUCAAGAUACGCGGGUAAUUUCUUUUGAGUCUUCUAAUGUAAUGGUUAAGCUAGAGGGGUCCGACCCAAAUCUGGACGGUUUGCUUCUAUCUGCCCACUUCGACUCAGUGCCGACUGGAUUUGGAGCUACCGACGACGGAAUGGGCAUCGUUUCUCUUCUAGCGGUUCUGGAAAAAUUAUCUAAGGAGCAGCCUCGUCGUACUGUCAUUUUUAAUUUCAACAACAACGAGGAGUUCGGACUUUUAGGAUCUUCAGCAUUUUUCAACCAUCCCUGGAGCAAGCUUGUCCACUACAUUCUAAAUUUGGAAGGUGCUGGGGCAGGUGGCAAAGCCGUUCUUUUCAGAACCUCCGACACCAGUACAGCUUCCAUCUACAAAGCAGCAGUUCGCGACCAGCCCUUCGGAAACUCGAUGUACCAGCAGGCAUUCUACGAAAGAUACAUAUCAAGUGAAACGGACUAUAAAGUUUACGAACAGAAAGGACUCAGGGGAUGGGAUAUCGCGUUCUACAAACCUAGAGACUUAUACCACACCGCGAAGGACUCCAUUGCUCACACCAGCAAGGCUUCUCUAUGGCAUAUGAUGCAAGCCGCUCUACAAAUUUCAGAUUACAUGGCAAACGGGGAUGUUGUUGAUGAUCCUCAGGACCGCGUGCCUGCUGUGUACUUUGAUGUGCUUGGAUCUUACUUCGUCUCGAUAAGGGCAAAGACUCUAUUCACUACCAACUGUGUCCUGUUAGGAGUUGUACCGAUAACUCUGUUGACUUUGCAACUCAUUGCUUCGAGAAAAAAUCAUAACAAGACCAAGUCCACCGGGCUUUGGCUGAGGUUGCCCAUCAGUGUCGCGGCUUCAUAUGCCUUUAUUGCCACUGGUAGGUCGAUCCUUUUCCGCAAAAACCCUCUGAUUUUUUCGAGAGACUACCUGAGCCCGACGAUCGGUUUUUGUUCUAGCUUCAUUGCUGUAAACUAUCUGAUUUUGUCCUUCUUUGAGUUCUGGUCACCAAGUCGCGAUUUCAAGACUGUAGCGCUUAUCGAGCUGUCUUUCGCAUUUUGGAUUUGCCUGUUACUAGCAACUAUUCGCCUUUACACUGAGAAAUAUCAAGCUACUGGAUUUUACUCCUUCACGGCUAUCUAUGUCUUGACGUCAAUCAGUGCAGCCAUUGGGCUUAUUUGUGCCGCCUUCAGACCAAAACAAGUGAAGAUUGAACCUUCUCUUCCUGUGGACGAUGCUCGCGACGAUUCUGUUGGAGAUUUGUCAAACGCAGAAACAACAGCCGAGGUUCAGUCAAAUGAAGAACCUGACGAACGAGCACCUCUAUUGAAUCAUUACUCCGCCAGAAACAGUGUGGCCACGCAGCCCUCCAAGACUGACAAAAAUGACUUCAAGGCUGUUAUGAAGCAGACUUUGAAUUAUGACUGGAGUCUUCAGUUUGCAAUUUUAGUACCACUGGCCUCCAUGUUCAUGUUUACAUGUUUAUUUCAACUGCUAGAUGCGGCUAGUCAAACUUGUCAAGAUGGGUUCCAGGCAACGUGGAACGUCUCCAUGAUUUCUAUGUUGGGUGCGAUUUUUGUCGCAUUGCCCCUGUUGCCCUUUUCAUACAAGCUGAAUUACUUCGUUGCGAUGUUAAUUAUCGGCGUUUCAGCAUGCUCUGGUAUACUGUCUUACCUCAAAGAACCCUUCACGGAAAGUUCGCCCUUGAAGCUGAGGUUUUCGCAGGAAGUUCAUUUGCAUGACGAUGAUAAUUUGGCAACGGUAAAGGUUUACGGUCGUCAAGGUACUGGAAUGGGGGAAAUUCUGAGAGAUCUUCCUUCUUUGAAACGUUCAAACACCUCAGUAAGUUGUCAGUCCAAUGGUCAAGGACUGGAGACAUGCAGCUACCCUGGUCUCCUGCCAAAUAUAGUCAGUUCUCGUGCUGAAAUGAAGCCUUCUGAUGUCAUGAAGAUAGAGGUUCUUUCGAACAAUCGUAACUCGCCAACUAGAUCGCCAUACGAGCCAAUCUAUGCCGAGGUCCGUAUAAAAGCGUUGGAAAAUCGUUUGUGUACGGUUGUAUUCAACUCCUCCCGAUAUGCAGACUUCACCUUCGGUCAAUCGCCAGUCAAGCAGGUAACAGUUUUUGAGAGCAUACUUCCUGAUAAUCGGACAGCAGUCCACCUACCUAUGGUCGACGGUCUAUCAACUGACGAGGACGGUAACAGAGUUUUCAAGUGGAGUAAAGGUAUUAACUCAUUGCAAUUGCAUAAGCUUGACUUCGAGAGGAAUUAUUAUCGUAUUGGGAUUCAGUGGGUUCCUAAAAUUAUUAGCCAAGAUACAGACGAAGAAAUGACAGAUGCAUUGGGACUUCAAGUUCGUUGCUCCUGGGGUGAUUAUGACUCUGUUUCGAUUGUCAAUGACGAGCCAAAGCGCAGAGUACCUGCAUAUGACGAGUUGUUGGCAUAUUCCCCAGCUACGAUAUCCUUAGCGAAUAGGGAAGCAGGCAUGGUGAUGUUCGACGAUUACCUCGUUUUGUGA